AUGGGGCUGUCGGAAGCACCGGGACAGAGGGACACCCAGGCACUGCUGUCCACAACGCAGGCAAUGGAGCUGAGGAGGCGAGAUUACCAUGUGGAGCGGCCACUGCUGAACCAAGAACAUCUGGAGGAGCUGGGGAGCUGGAGCUCAGCAACUGGGACCCUCCAAUGGCGAACCUGGUUUCGGUGCUCCCAUGCUCGGGCCCGAGCCCUUCUGCUCCAGUACUUCCCAGUUUUGACCUGGCUACCCCAGUAUCCUGUGCGUGACUGGCUUCUGGGUGACUUGUUGUCUGGCCUGAGUGUGGCCAUUAUGCAGCUACCACAGGGCCUGGCCUAUGCCCUCCUGGCUGGACUGCCCCCCGUGUUUGGCCUCUACAGCUCCUUCUAUCCUGUCUUCAUCUAUUUCCUGUUCGGCACUUCCCGGCACAUCUCCGUGGGCACCUUUGCUGUCAUGUCCGUGAUGGUGGGCAGUGUGACAGAAUCACUGGCUCCGGAUGAAGCCUUCCUGCAGGCCUCGAACUCCACUGUUGAUGUGGCGGCCAGAGAUGCUGCUCGGGUGCAGGUGGCCUCCACACUCAGUGUCCUUGUUGGCCUCUUCCAGGUGGGGCUGGGCCUGGUCCAUUUCGGCUUCGUGGUCACCUAUCUGUCAGAGCCUCUGGUCCGAGCCUAUACCACAGCCGCGGCUGUGCAGGUCUUCGUCUCGCAACUCAAGUAUGUGUUUGGCCUCCAUCUGAGCAGCCGCUCUGGGCCACUGUCCCUCAUCUAUACAGUACUGGAGGUCUGCUGGAAGCUGCCCCAGACUGUGGUCGGCACCAUGGUCACUGCAGUUGUGGCAGGGGUGGUUCUCGUGCUGGUGAAGCUGUUCAAUGACAAGCUGCGGCGACAGCUGCCCAUGCCGCUCCCUGGGGAGCUGCUCACGCUCAUCGGGGCCACAGGCAUCUCCUACGGCGUGGGACUGCAGCACAGAUUUGGGGUGGAUGUCGUGGGCAAAAUCCCUGCUGGGCUGGUGCCCCCAGUGGCCCCCAGCCCCCAGCUGUUCGCAAGGCUUGUGGGAAAUGCCUUCGCCAUCGCUGUGGUUGGGUUCGCCAUUGCCAUCUCGCUGGGGAAGAUCUUCGCCCUGAGGCAUGGCUACCGGGUGGACAGCAACCAGGAGCUGGUGGCACUUGGCCUCAGUAACCUCAUCGGGGGCAUCUUUCAGUGCUUCCCUGUGAGCUGCUCUAUGUCUCGGAGCCUGGUACAGGAGAGCACCGGGGGCAACACACAGGUGGCUGGAGCCAUCUCCUCCCUCUUCAUCCUCAUUAUCAUCGUCAAACUUGGAGAACUCUUCCAAGACCUGCCCAAGGCAGUCCUGGCUGCUGCCAUCAUUGUGAACCUGAGGGGCAUGUUGAUGCAGUUCACCGACAUAUGCUCCCUCUGGAAGGCAAAUCGAGUGGAUCUGCUCAUCUGGCUGGUGACCUUUGUGGCCACCAUCAUGCUGAACCUGGACCUUGGCCUGGCAGUUGCGGUAGUCUUCUCCCUGCUGCUCGUGGUGGUCCGCACACAGUUGCCCCACUACGCUGUCCUGGGGCAGGUGCCAGACACAGAUAUUUACAGAGACGUGGCAGAGUACUCAGAAGCCAGGGAGGUCCCAGGCGUGAAGGUCUUCCGCUCCUCGGCCACCAUGUACUUUGCCAACGCUGAGCUCUACAGUGACACGCUGAAGCAGAGGUGCGGUGUGAACGUGGACCACCUCAUCUCCCAGAAGAAGAAACUGCUCAGGAAGCAGGAGCUAAAGCUGAAGCGACUUCAGAAAGAGAAUAAGCUCCCGAAACAGGCUGCCGCCUCCAAGGGCACUUCCAUUUCCAUCAAUGUCAACACCAGUGUCACAGACAUUGAGAGCAACGAUGUGGAGGGCUCCAAGGCCAAGGUGAGUGCAGGGACUGAGCUAGAGGAUACAGCAGCCAGGUGUCAAGAAGAUGCCAAGGCCCCAGACAUGUCCUCACUGAAGACCCUGGGCCUGCCUCAGCCAGAUUUCCACAGCCUCAUCCUGGACCUGAGUUCCCUUUCCUUCGUGGACACUGUGUGUCUCAAGAGCCUGAAGAAUAUUUUCCGUGACUUCCGGGAGAUCGAGGUGGAGGUGUACAUGGCUGCCUGCCACUCUCCCGUGGUCACGCAGCUUGAGGCGGGGCACUUCUUCGAUGCAUCUAUCACCAAGCAGCAUCUCUUUGCCUCUGUCCACGAUGCUGUCAUCUUUGCACUCCAACACCCAAGGUCCAGCCCCGUCAACCCUGUUUUGGUUACCAAACUCUGA